CUCCCAAUCCACAAAUAUGCACCUAAAUCAGUUAUAAGUCACGUAUUUUCGAUCGAUUUCGCUUGACAUAUUUUUGGUUAUUGACAUUUGCACGACCCUCAGACCGUUAGAGAAAAUAUAUUUCUGUGAGCUGCAGCAAUUAAAGAACAUGUAUGUGUGAUUUUGGAAAUCUGUUGUUCGUGAUGCUGUAAAUGGAUUGAUUUUGGCGUCUGUAAUGAUUAAAUUGAUACUACAAUGUAGAGGUGGGUAAAAGAGGAAUGUUGCAAGGGAGACUACUCUCUUGUGUGCGGCUGACACCAGGGGUCCUUCUACUUCAUCUCUAGGUUUCUGAAGAUAAUUUGUGGUUAAUUUUCAUGAAUUCUGGAAACCUGCCUGGCCGUCGCUUCAGUUUUCCAGUGAGGAAAAAGUCUGAAGCAAGUAAAACAGUGAAGAGCAUCAAGAAAAUCGCUGCUGGAAAGAGCCCCAAUCUGCCCAAGAAAGAAGCGUCCCCUCCGGAGAAUGCGGGAACCAAGCCUCGGUCCGGGUCUUACAAUCUGAUGCCAGCAUCCGACGACCAGAUGGUGCGCAGCAACGAGGAUUUAGAGAGUGUUGAGGUGAGCAGUAGGGAGAAUGGCAGUAGUGGGGACGGGGCCCUGGAUGACAUCGACGGAGAUGUCGCCACGGGGACAGACGUCUCUGACCCCCAGAGGACGAAGGCGGCCAUCGAACACUAUCAGAGCAAGGUGAACAAGACCAUGGAGCAAAUCAAGGCCGAACAGGCAGCCAAGGAAGAAAAUGUCAAUGAAUACUUGAGGUUGGCUAGCAGUGCCAGUGCAGACAAGCAACAGCUAGCCAGAAUCAAGGCAGUAUUUGAGAAGAAAAAUCAGAAAUCCACACAAAGCAUCAGUACCUUACAGAAAAAGCUAGAGGGUUACACCAAACGAAUCGAGGACAUUCAAACCUCGGGGGUCACAGGUCACAAAAAGGCCAAGGAAGUGCUCAGCGACAUGGGUCAUGGCCUCAAAUCUCGUCUCGCAGUUGGUAAAGAUAAAAGCAAGACAAAGGGAGGUGUUGGUGCCAACAUCGUGGAUGGUAUCACAGGAUUCUCGGGGGGUGUUGUUGGCAACAUAAAAGGAGCCAAAGACACAGUGAUGGCAAAGCCUAAAGAAUUUGCUCACUUAAUCAAGAAUAAGUUUGGGAGUGCUGACAACAUAAAUCAAAUGAAAUCCCUGGAUGAUGCUGGGGGAAUGGAGGGGGAAAAGCCACAGGGGGGCACCCUGCCCGCGAGGUAUCUUAGUGGGUACAUGUCUCUUCCUGCUUCUUCACAAACAAAAGAAGACACAAUCAAUGACAAAAAUUUUAAGUAUCCGUCAGAGGACGACAACUCCAGUAUCCUGUCAGGCUCUAACCUGGAGUACCAGAGCAGCCCCAUGUCUAACUCCCAGAACACCUCACAACAGUUUGUGGGGCUUACCCAGGCUGCACUGGAACCCAUCUUACAGGAAGUGGAGGUCCUCCGAGAAACGAACAAAAGUCUGGCGGAGACUGUGUCCAGAUUGACAGAGGAACUGGAUCACUGCAAGAGAUGGCAUAAUACUGAGGUGAGUGCACUCAGACAGACUCUGGAUGAGGAACGAUUUAAGUACGAGCGACUGGAGGAGCAGAUGAAUGACAUGACUGAGCUAAAUCAGAACGAGUUCUCCAACCUCAGACAGGACAUAUCAAGUAUGGAGGAGAAGAUAGAGUAUCGUCUGGACGAGAGAACCACAGAUCUACAGGAUAAUGUGGAAAAUUGUCAGACCAGGAUCUCCAAGAUGGAGCUGCAGCAGCAACAGCAGCAGAUAAUCUCCAUGGAGAUGGUGGAGAACGUCACAUUUCGUACACUCCUUACCAAGCUGAUCAACGUCGUGUUGGCCAUCGUGGCCGUCGUCCUAGUUAUUGUCUCUACAGCCGCCAAUCUCAUCGCUCCAUUUCUUACCACAAGGGCUCGUAUCCUGUCUAGUGCAAUCCUAGUUAUGGCCAUUAUAUUGGUGGGUCGUGACUGGGAGAGACUUGUGCAUUGUUUGAACAGUAUAUGGCAGUAUGUGUAUGAGUCUCGGCCUUUCCGAUGAUAGUGGUUGGACUUAAUUUGUCAUGGCUACACACUUCGUACAGCACCACUGCUUGUGACCUUGUCACUGUUUCUGAAGAUUGCAGAGGGUGAUGGUGUUUUAAAGGGAGAGAAAAAAAAAAUUGCUCGAGUGAUUUAAAUAUUGUGUAUGUUUAUGGACGUGAUAUACUUUUAAGCACAGCUGAUGAAUAGAAAUAUCUGAUAUAGGUUUGAGAUGAUUUUUUUUCUGAUGUGUGUGUCGGUACAUUUUUAUGUUUUAUUUCUGACAUGUACUUUUCGGGAGGAAAACCCAAUGCCAAAUUAUUGAAAUCCUCCCAUGUACGUGUUUGUUGCCAUAAUCUUAGUGCAUAUGUGUAUAUAUACAUAGACUAGUGAGUGUCUUUCAAAACCUUUUAGUCAAAAUGAGAGUGCAACAUGGUAUAAAAGUGCUUUGAAAUGUCAUACCUUUUUUUCAAAGUGAGUGUAUACAAAUUGAGGUUUUUGGAUAAAAAGGAACAAUUGACCAGUUGCCAUGACAUAGAAGCAAUGCAGUGUUGCAGUAUUAUCCAUGUAUCAUUGUUGUGUGUAACAUGUCAUGCUUGCUUCUCUCAUAGAGAGCUGAAGAAAGAUGUGUUGAAAGAUUUGAUUGGCCAGUGAUAGAAGUGCUUCAUUAAUUGAUUGGUCAUUUGUGGCUUUUGCUCUUUGUGAUUAAAGAUAUAAGUUGUCAUUUUAUUGGCCAGUUAAUUAGAAGUUUAUCAAAUGAAUAGUUGAUUUUUUUUUUUUAUAGUUUUAUUGAGAUUACUUUGGUUAAUUAGAGAAAUAUGAAAAUGUGAAAAUUAUUUUGUUUAUUUCUUACAUGAGAGAAAUGAAGGGUAAAAUUUUCUAAGUUGUUCUAAAGUGCUCUGACCAAAAGUACUGUUUCUAAGCAUAUUUGUUUUUGCAAUAUAAAAACUAAUUUUCUUAUAGAAUUUGCUAUGAAAAUUAAAAAUAGUUCAUUUAUUGGAUGAAUAUUUGUACAUUAGUUUAUUUUGAAAUGCAAAAAGGAAAAUUUCUUUGUCAAGAAAACUUUUUAAUUUUGACUACAUCACAUACACACACACAAAAAAACACACACACACACACACAAAUUCAGUUUCUUAUAUUGUAUU